AUGUCUCAACCAAAGAAGCAACUUAUCAUCAAUGCCUUUGCUAUGCAAGCGCCAGGUCACCUAAACCCCGGCCUCUUCAAAUACCCCGCCGACAAGGGCUCUAAAUAUAAUGAUAUUAAAUAUUGGAUGGCCCUGGCACAGAAACUCGAAGCUGCGAAAUUUCACGCCAUCUUUUUCGCCGACGUCCUCGGUGGCUACGAUGUAUACAAAGGCCCCGCGAACCUGGAGCCUACCAUCCCCGGCGCAACGCAAUUCCCCAUCAAUGACCCUCUCUACAGCAUUCCUGCCAUGGCAGCCGCAACAUCGAGCAUUGGCUUUGGCGUGACUGCUUCUACAACUUACGAGUCACCCUACAUGCUCGCCAGGAAGUUUUCCACCGUCGACCAACUCAGCAAUGGACGUGUGGCUUGGAAUAUCGUCACAUCCUACCUCGAUUCUGCGGCGCGCAACUUCGGACUCGACACCCAAAUUGAGCAUGACGAACGAUAUCGCAUCGCACAUGAAUAUUUGGAAGUCACAUACAAGCUAUGGGAGGGUUCUUGGAGGGAUGAUGCGGUUACCGCUGCACCCAAGGGGAGCUAUGCGGAUCCGAAAGGAGUACGGCAGAUCAACCACAAAGGAAAACAUUUCACUGUUCCUGGGCCUCAUAUUUGCGAACCAAGUCCUCAGCGAACGCCAUUCUUGUUCCAAGCUGGAACGAGCAGCGCCGGCAAGAAAUUCGCUGCCACUCAUGCAGAAGCUAUUUUCCUGAAUGGCCAUACGGCAGAGCUGGUGAGACCAAGUGUAGACUCCAUCCGAGCCCAAGCGAAAGAUUUCGGCCGAGAUCCACAAAGUAUCAAAAUUGUGGCAGGUCUACUUGUCAUUGUCGCCGAGACUGACGAGAAGGCCGCGGAGAAGUUUGAGCUUUUGGCCAGUUAUGGGGAUAGAGAGGGUGCAUUGGCGCUCUUCGGAGGCUGGAGCGGUUAUGAUUUGGGCAAGUAUGAUGAUGACCAGGAUUUCAGGUUCUUAGAUACUGCGCCGCCUGCAGUGAGGAGUAUGGUCAAUCACUGGGCUUCGAACUCACCGCAGGGUACCAAGUGGAACAAGAAGACCAUUGCAGAGCAUUUAAUCCUUGGAGGCAACGGUGCCAAAUUGAUUGGGAGUCCCAAGACGGUCGCAGAUGAGCUAGAGAGAUGGGUUGAGGUUGCUGAUGUCGACGGUUUCAAUUUCAGCUAUGCAAGUGUGCCGGAGACUUUUGAGGAUAUCAUUGAACAUCUCCUUCCUGAGUUGAGAAGAAGAGGACUAUUCUGGGAUGAUUAUGCUGUUCCUGGCGGAACGCUCAGGGAAAAUUAUUUGGGUGUCAAGGGAAACACAAGGCUGUCAGAUACGCAUCCUGGAGCUAAGUACUUCUGGAAAGCUGGAGAAGAAAUACCGGCAUAUGCCAAGGAAUCUGUCAACGGUACCUUGCAGUAG